AUGGAAGAUCCUAUCAACCUGGAUUGCACCUGUGCAACUCAAGUCGCACUGCCAGAGCUUGAGGUCUAUCAGUCUCACAAGCAACCCUUAACUCAAGAGGCGCGCUUUGAGCUGGUGUUGUAUCAAUCCCACAAGCAAUCCUCAACCCAAGAGGCGCACAUUGAUGAUGAUACUCGAAAGCCUGACGGGAGAAAUGGUCCACCAUCUUGCAACAGCUUUGAGCAUGGAUUACAACCAACUGAGGUUGAACCGAAGAACCCAAGCUCGGCUGUGAAGACUCGUGAACGUGAUUGGGAGCGCCUUUGCAGCUACUUUGCAUGGUUGCCCAAGCUAGUCAUCCAGAAGAACUUGGAACACUACUUGGAAGACUCAACUCAACAGCUACAAUAA